AUGGUUGCUUUCAAGAUUUCUCAUAUCCUGGCCCUGGCCUCCGCCGCAGCCGCAGCUCCUACUGAGCUCCUGGGUGCCCGCGCAACGGUUGCUCACGACUCCAUUGCCCCCGUUGAGGAGCGGAUUAAAACUGGAGACCUCGGCAACACCAACAAGGGUCAAACCUACGCUCGAGCUGGCACUGUUGAUGGAAAGCCCGUGGUAAUGUACGCCUGGUACAUGCCCAAAGACCAGCCUCUUGAUGGUGAUACUGCUGGUGGUCAUCGCCAUGACUGGGAGAACAUAGUGAUCCAGGUCGACGACCCGAAGUCGAAAACCCCAAAGAUCGUUGCCGCGGCUGCGUCCAGCCAUGGCGGCUACAGCAAGGCCGCCGGCGGGGCUCCCCCGAUGCAAGGCAACGGCCCCAAGGUCGAAUACUUCACCUCGUUCCCCACCAACCAUGAGUUGCAGUUCACCGAUACCGUGGGCAAGACCUACCCCAUCUCUGAUUGGGACGCGAUGCCUCAGCCAGCCCAGAGAGCACUCCAAGACACCAGCUUCGGCAGCGCCAAUGUCCCCUUCAAGGACGGCAACUUCGAGUCCAAGGUUCGCGAGGCUCUGGCUUAA